UGUGUAUUGACGGUAUUACCUGAGGCAGUGAGCGAGCAAUAGAGAAGAGAAUAAACGCCCACAGUUUUGUGAUCUCACAAUCAAAUCAGAUUCAAUUUAUAAGCAUAUUCUAUUGAAUCUAUUCUAUUCUCGUGCAACCCACGCGAAACACAACUCUAUAAAUUUAAAUCACAUAUAAUUGCCGUUUUAGUUAAAUCGUGUCGUUCAAACAAAUGCAGACUCUACAACAAAAAGCUUCUGAAUGGAGCGGAGUUCCCACUGCUCAAGCUUUCUCCAUCGACGACACUAAUCUCUUCAACAAACUUGGUCUUCAAACCUUCAUUAAUCUCUCCACCAAUUUCUACACCAGGGUGUACGAUGACGAUGAAGAAUGGUUUCGUUCAAUAUUUGCCAAUUCUAACAAACAAGAAGCUAUUCAAAACCAGUACGAAUUUUUCGUUCAAAGAAUGGGUGGUCCUCCUCUUUUUUCUCAGAGAAGAGGACAUCCUGCUCUAAUUGGUCGGCAUCGACCGUUUCCUGUCACGCAUCAAGCUGCAGAGAGAUGGUUACAUCACAUGCAACAAGCGUUGGACACUUCUCCAGAUAUUGAUGAUGACUCAAAGAUAAGAAUGAUGAACUUCUUCAGGCACACUGCAUACUUUUUGGUGGCUGGUGAUGAGCUGAAGAAUCAAAACCAACAGAUUCCAUGCAAGCAUGCAGCCGGAAAAGAUAAUUCAUGAAACUUUGUAUCAGUUUUUUUUGUCUUAAUAUUCUCGACAUAUAAUCCUUGAAACUUUCAAUCAAAUAGGGAUUUGGGUUUCUUGCUGUUUGUUGACUGUUGGUUUGGUCUCGGACAUUGAUCCUUUCAUGUUUGAACCAAAAUGAAGGGUUAUGUUCAUCAUCUUCCUAUUAAAUGUUUUAGACCCCACUGAUAUAUUUUUAUGUUGAAAAACCCAAUAAGUUUUAGUGGUUUAGAGAUGAUGAACAUUUACAUAGCCCGGGAUCCAAAUCCAUAUGAAAAUACCUUGAGAUUGUUCGCACCAACAA